AUGGCGUACAGUCAACAGGGCGAUAAAGUGUUCUGCUUCGUUUGUGAUAAAAAAAAGUGCUGUGAACAAAAUGUUCAAACAUCUGAUAACGAUACUCUACCUAACCAAGAAAACCUGGUCCAAACUAUCAAUUCCUUAUCGGCUAUCGUCAAUGAUAUGAAAAAGGUAAUCGAAGAGUUGGUCACAGAAAACAAAAAAUUGAGAGAGGAGAUCGAAUAUGUGAAAUCUCGAAAACAACAAACAGGGGAAUCUGGUCCAGAAGUAGAGGAGGCAGCUGUAGAAGAGGCUGUUGAGCGAAUACACCGGUCUCACAAUGUUAUUAUAAGAGGUGUUCCGGAGUACCAAGGAGAGGUAGCUCAACAAAAACAAGCAGACGAGGAAAUCGUUAUGAAUCUCAUAAAGACGGCAAUUCCCAGUGAUUUGGGCCAAAGUGUAGCUGAACUUUUUCCUCAACAUUUUGAAAUCUUUCGAUGUGACAGAAAUAAGAGAAGAGGUGGUGGCGUACUAGCGGCAGUCAAAAUUGGUUUUGUAGCUGAACGACUAAACCUUAUUUCCCCGGUACCUGAGAUAGAUCUUAUUGGUAUCAAAGUUCAAGGUAAUAGUACUUUCAUUUUCGUUGUGAUAUACAUUCCGCCAGCAUUACAUGUUGAUGCAUACACUCAAAUCUUUGAGUAUAUUGAAAGUGCCAUUGAUUUUUCAAAUCCGGUUGUUAUUGUAGGCGAUUUUAAUAUACCUGAGUUAGUAGAUUGUGCGUCUGGCCGGAACUCGUCACACAUCUUCAAUAUUUAUUCUCACUUCAUUUCGAUGAAUAACUUGAAACAACAUAAUUCAGUUUUAAACUCCAACAACAGAAUCUUGGACAUAGUUUUGACAACUGAUGAAGUCUCAGCUGAAGUAGCAAAUAGCAAUUUUCCAUUAGUUCGUGAAGAUGCUCACCACCCUUGCUUGGACAUCAAUUUAUUUAUCAAAGACCAAUCAAGUAAUCCAUUUCCAAGAACAUCGAACACAGUAAAAUUUAAUUUUCGUAAAGCAGAUUUAGUAAGAUUGUAUAAUGCCUUUAUUGAAACUGACUGGUCAGAAGUUUUAGACACAGUGGAUGUUGAGACAGCAUGUUCUACAUUUUAUGAUAUCAAUUUUAAAUUAUUAAAUGUUUAUGUUCCGAAGUGUUCGUCAUCAGCGAAGACAUAUUACCCUCCCUGGUUCACAAAAACGAUUAUAUCCAGGAUUAAAGAAAAACACAGGCUAUGGAAUCUCUAUAGGAAAAGUAAAUUGUUAACUUACUUGGAUAGAAUAAGAAUUCUAAAAUGCGACAUACGACGUAAUAUUCGGCAAGCUUAUAAAGUCUUCAUCAGUGAGGCUGAAAAUUCACUUCAUAAUGACCCAAAGAAGUUUUGGUCAUUCGUAAAUAAAAGAAGGAAAACUACUUGUGUUCCCAGUUGCAUGACAGCUGGUGAUGGUGUUAUAAUAUCUAAUCCGCAAGACAUAGUGAACGCAUUUGCAUCACAAUUCGCAAGUGUUUACACCAAUGACAACCAUAAACCCUGUGUUGCAUCAAGUUGUAAUAAAACUAACUGUGAAUACUGCGGAAGCUGCCGAUGCUCUUUAGUAAGUGAUAAUCCUAUUUGUGAUAAUUCCAUCUGUGAUAAUUCUGUCUGUGAUAACAAUCUCAUAUUCAACCUGCCUGUGAUUAAUGAUUGUGAUAUUUUAAAAGCUACGAAAAAAAUUAAACCAAAUUUCGUUUGUGGUCCAGAUGAUAUACCGGCAUUCUUAGUGAUUGAUUGUCUUCAGUAUUUGUUAAAACCUUUAUGUCAUAUAACCAACUUAAUUUUAAAGUCGUCUAUUUAUCCACAAAUGUGGAAAGUGUCUCGUGUAUUUCCUGUAUUUAAAGCUGGUGACAAAGCUAACAUUGUAAAUUACAGACCGAUAGCACUACUUAUAUCGAACUAUUCUAAAUUAUUCGAAUGUAUUAUGUCAGACUUCCUGUAUACCCACUGUAUUUCAAAAAUUGCCUUAGAACAGCAUGGAUUUAUAAAAGGAAGAUCCACUCUUACCAAUUUAUGUGAAUUCACUGAAUACGUAUCCUUAGCUUUAGAUAAUCGCUUUCAAGUUGAUGCCAUAUACACUGAUUUAUCCAAAGCUUUUGAUAGGGUUAAUCUGAAUGAAAUUUAUCUGCUGCAGCGCCAUCUCUGCAACCAAAAAAUCCCAUAA